CCCAUCAUCCUCAUCGCGGCCUGACUAUCCUGGCGACACGAGCUGCCACGCGUGACGGCCUGGCCUCCCGUUCCCCCUGGAACAGUCGCCGCCCAGAAUGCUGGGCUGGCACGACGGCGGGACUUGCUGCAGGCAGCUGAAUAAUUGCGUAUCUUGCGGCAAAGCGUCAACAUAUAGGUCACACGCAAAAAACGCCUGCAAUCCGGCAGAGAUACUCACGUUGUGUGACGAUGGUGCCCCCCCCCCAGUGAGACCACCCCCCCGAAGCCAACAUUCAUCUUCUCAGCAUGCCUCAGAGCACCGAUGACGUUCAGGAUCCUGGAACCUAGCCCGUCGGUGGCAUCAUGGACAUACAACGUUCCGGUACCUCUAACACCAAGGCGGAUGGGACAAGCAACCCUCCUCGCGCCCUCUGGAAAGAAGGCCUGCACCUCGUCGGGGGUCACGCGUACCUCGAACUCGUCGUCGUCGCGCUCCUCCUGUUGGAGGCCUGGAUCAGAAUAGAAAGAAUAUUACCACCAUGGAAGCCAGAGUGUUGGAAACCAGAAUAUUUGAAGCCAAAGGGCCCUUCAUCCUCGUUCGGUCACCUUGGAAGCAAGAGUAUCAUCAUUAUCACCGAGAUCGGGAUCUUCUUCCCUCGGUGGAGGCACGCCGCCGAUAUUGGUGUUGAUGUCAACCUCGAGGCCUGCGAGCUCCUCCUGAUCAUCAAAGGGCGCGGUCUCUGGAUAGAGGGCCUGCCACACGGGCGCCUGGGGUGGCGGCGUGCGAAGGGAACGCGCCGGAGUCGCCCGUAGCACGCACCAACGAUCAGCGCGGGAAGCGCAGCCGCCCGCAUGACAGAGACGACGCGAAUCGAAGAUGCUUUGCGCAUGGGUCAAUGGCUGAGCCAGGGCUUGAGCCAGGUAAAAAUCUCACAUGUCGCUUGGGCUUCUUGCCCCCCUGGAACCGACUGACGCCCGCG